GCCGGCCACCGCCGACCAUCACUGGGCCUCACGCCGGGCACGGCCGGCCGGGCCUCAGUUUCCCCCCGUCGUGGAUCGCGGGGCCUACUGAGUCGUGGGCGGGGAGGGGUGAGGGCGGUAACUCGAGCCGCCCAGGCGGGGUCUCUCGGCUCCCGCGGCCACGUUUAGCGGCCCGGACGGACGGAGGCGUGGGGUCCGGAGUCGAAAUGGCCCCGGACCACCCCGUGGGCCGCGCUCCGGGGCUUCGGGGGCGUGGAGGUGUCCUGGAAACCACGAGGUCGAAGGGCUGAGCCGUGUGGCCAGACAAGAGAGGCCCCCACCCCUGCCCAGGGAGCUCUGAGGUUCUCAUGGGAGCCAUGAAGCUGAACGAGAGAAGUGUGGCCCACUACGCACUGAGCGACUCCCCUGCAGAUCACACAGGCUUCCUGCGCACUUGGGGAGGCGCAGGGAUGCCACCCACCCCCAGUGGCGCUGGCCGAAGGUGCUGGUUUGUCCUCAAGGGCAACCUGCUGUUCUCCUUUGAGAGUCGAGAGGGCCGGGCCCCUCUGAGCCUGGUGGUGCUGGAGGGCUGCACGGUGGAGCUGGCUGAGGCUCCCGUGCCUGAAGAGUUUGCCUUCGCCAUCCGCUUCGACGCUCCUGGGGUGCGCCCACACCUGCUCGCGGCAGAUGGGCCGGCGGCCCAGGAGGCCUGGGUGAAGGCGCUGUCUCGGGCAAGCUUUAGCUACAUGCGCCUGGUGGUGCGCGAGCUGGAGAGCCAGUUGCGUGAAGCCCGCCACAGCCUGGACCUGCACCGCCGUUCAUCCUGGAAGGCCGUUUCCAGCCGCGGCAAGCCCCAGGCUCCUGACCGCUGGUCUCCUGGCCUGGAGAACGGCCACUCCCUCUCCAGAGAUUGCAGCCCAAUGGGCUUGGUGGAAGAAGGGGGCAGCCGGCCAGCAGGGCGGGGCUUGGCCGAGUGGGAGCUGCAGGGCCCUGCCAGCCUCCUUCUAGGCAGGGGGCAGAGCCCCGUGUCCCCUGAGACCUCCUGCUUCUCUACCCUGCAUGAGUGGUACGGCCGGGAGAUUAUGGAGCUGAGGCGGGCCUGGCUGCAGAGAGCCCAGGAGAACCAGCCAGAAUGCAAGGACCAGGACAGACCCUGAUCCUGGGCCCUUCUGGGGGUCCUUGUCCUGCUGGUCAGGACGCCAGGGCCAGUGCUUUUUCAGGAGUUUAAGGUUUUACAGGUUCUUUUCUUUUUUUUUUUUAACUGGUUUCUGAAGUUGCUUUUGAGGUGAGCUCUCUCCUUCCUGCUUUUUAGGUUUUUCCCUCAGGGAAAAACCAAGUCCACCUUCAUGCCUAGAGGGAACUGAGAAAUCAUUAACUUUCAACCCAUUUAUUUCCUGAGGCCCAGAGAGGAGACGUGGCUUGUUCAGCAGUCCCAGAGCAAGACUCAGGUCUGCUGACUCUGCACUGGACUGCCCCUCUCUCAGGGGAUAUUAAUGAAGUGGGUAAUAUCAUAUGACCACAGGCCACUCCGCCUUCACCUAUACAAUUCUACAGUUUCCAACAUGGGGAAUCUUGUGUAAAUACCCGAAGUUGCCUGCAGUGUUGGCUUGAGGGACUGACAUUGUCAGAAAAAGUGGAUUUACUGUGUCACAGGGGUUUCUGGGGCCUGGCUCCUCCUGAGUGGUGAGAAGAUUGAAUGUGGGACCCCUAUCCUGCAGUGAAGACAGGGCCCUUUGGAGGGAGAGGGCCUUUAGUUAGCAAAGAGGGAUUUAUCCUGAUUAGAAAGUGUUAGGGCCCCUCUUCUUUCCUUGACUGCCCUGUCAACAGAUGGUGCUGGUCACUGCCCCAGGAGGGGUCAGUAGCUUUUCUGUUAGCAGAAACUCUGUCCUCAGCUGCCAAGUGGGAAGCUGACGUGGGCUCUCUGGGAAAGUCAGUGACUUUGAAUUUCAGUCCUGGGCAUUCUAGGAGCUUGGACAUAGGAUUCCUGGCACCCUGUGAUAAACUCUUCUUUCUUGACUGGGCCCCUAAAGGUAUUCCUGAUCCAGACACCCCUAGGAACUCCUUUAGUCUUUCUUAUUACCCAGUGUGUAUCUGCCAAGACCCUCUGGUUCCUACUCUCACCAGCAUGAUGCCAAGCAUUUUCUUUACCAGUUGUUCUCAGAGGCAAAGUGACUGGGUAGACAGGGCCAGAGGCCGACCAGCCUGGCACCCUAAGGAUUCUGGUGGCAGCGACUGGAUGGAAGAUUCAGAGCCUCAUCCAGUAUAUACAGUCUUUCCCUUCUUAGCUUCUCUCCCUCACUGGGGUCUUAUGGGGUCUUAUGAGGCCUGACGAGGGGCCAGCUAGACCUAGAGCCUUCGGCUUCAGCUUAAGAGCCUCUUUCAGUCCAGGAGGCUGCGAUGCUGCCCAGGGUCCAGGACCUGCUCCGAGGAAGCUAGGUUUGUUGUUUGUUUCCUAAGAAGAGGGGCUACCUUCCUAGCCCUGUACGGGAGUCCCACAGCCUGUGUCUCUUGUUUUAUACACAGAUAUUAUAGGUUUUUUGUUUGUAUUUCUUAUUGUUACAGUGCUUUUUAUAUGAUUAAAAACACCGUGUUUAUUA